GAGUUGUUUCAUAGUCUCCGGUAUUUUGUACUUAAAACAAACUGGCAUGAUGAAAACUUAAAACUGCGAUCUCCCUAAGUGCAAUGGGCAGUGCGUCUCAUCAAUCGCUUCUGUUUGUUAUAGAAGAACAAGCCGACUGACCACGACGCCAGCAGUGAAAUGAACUGUAUUCCUUGAAAAUAUUUCAGCUGCAAUAUAUUUAGGACUAAUAUAACAAAUUUAAAAAUUGGCGUUGUCUUUGACUUGAAAAAACGCAUUUUUUUCCAGCAUGGAAGUUGCGCUGUAGAUCACAAGUGACUUGAUUCGCGACAGCAACGUUAUUGCUCGUAGUCUAAUUCCAACACAAUAGUUCUGAAGUUUACAAUAUUUAUAAAUAUCCUAAAACGAACGGCAUGUUAAUUCUUUGGGCAAUGGUGCUGAAUAUGCCUGAGAUUAAUUUCAAUUUAGCUUUGCUCUAGAAAUAUAUAUUUUCCUCCUCAGUCGGUUUUUUAUCCCCCGUGGAAAGCAUGGACUUUGGAAAUCUACGGAUUAUUUUUAUUGCUGCGGUUGGGAUUUUCAUCUAUCUCCGAGAUACUGCUGGAAAAUGCUAUUAUCAUGGGUCCAUGUUGGAGAACAAUACAUCCUGGAGGCCGGAUCCCUGCCAAGAAUGCAGCUGCAUCGGUGACGUUGUGAUCUGUGAGACGCGACGGUGCCAGAGUCCCCAGCGUGACUUUCUGAAGGAAGAGAGGCGAAGAAUAUCACCCGACAAAUGUUGUCCAGAGUGUGUGUGUUCUCGUGGUUCUUGUCGACAUGAAGGAUCCAUUUAUGAGCACGGAAACCGAUGGACUGACUCUGGAUACAAUGUCUGCAUGUGCUCUCAUGGGAAUGUUUCUUGUACGAAACGUCGCUGCCCAUGUGGCAGCGGCGAGAUGCAAGGAAGCACCAGUACCGAGGACCGCUGCCCCGGAUGCAUUCGUAGUGGAGCCUCCUGCUUUGUCGGAAAUCAAGAAUAUUGGGAUGGGGGGGAGUGGCGGCCAGCGCGCUGCGUCAGGUGCGUCUGCAACGCUGGAGAGGCCCAGUGCUUCAUCGCAGAGUGUCCCCCUGUCUCAUGCAAGCGGAGUGAGCGCCUAGUGAUGCGUGCCGGAGAAUGCUGCCCCCAGUGUUUGCCAAGCACCUGUCAGGUGGAUGGGAGAGAACACAAGAACGGGGAGCGCUGGCAGCUAAAUGCCAAUAUCUCCUGCAUCUGUGACUGGGGUCAGGCAUACUGUCACAAGCAGACCUGUCUCCACCAUUCCUACAAAAAGGGGCAAGUAGACCACUCACCCAGAAGGUGCUACCCAGAAUGCAGGUCUGCAGGAAUGGUCUGCAUGUACAAAGAUGAAAUAAAGAAGAACCUGGAUGUGUGGCAGGAAGGGCCCUGCCGAGUGUGCGAAUGCCUGCACUCCAGGGUGACCUGUUACCGUCUCGCGUGUCCCCCGCACCCUUCGGGGACUCUCGCCCUGCCCGUGGAGGGGAGCUGCUGCCCAGAGUGCCAAAGCAUUCCGUGUCACUUGGACUGCCUGAGCCGCUCCCAGAAUCCAAGUCUCUGCAACAGAUGCAAGGAUCCCAUCUCUGUACUUCAUAAUGGACACCAUUUCGAAUGUCCCCCUGGCUUCUAUCAGAAUGGCAACACCUGUGCGGAGUGUCACAGCUCGUGUAGGACUUGCUGGGGACCUUCUGUGUCACACUGCUCCCUCUGUCCUGGGACUAUGGUUCUGUACUAUGGGCAGUGCCUGCAGACCUGUGGGAAGGGCAUGUUCGCUCAUGGCAGCAUUUGUGAAAGCUGCCACAUGUCCUGCCUCUCCUGCAUUGGACCCGAGUCCUCAGAUUGCCUGAGCUGCCUGUUCCUGGGGGAGGUGCUACAGCUUUCAUAUGCUGGGGAAACACGUGGAACGUGCGUGUCAAGUUGCAAGGACCAUUUCUACUCUGACCCAGACUGUGUCUGCAGACGUUGCCAUGACUCCUGUUUGCAGUGUGCAGGGAAUAGCACACUCAAUUGCACUGCUUGCGCUUCUCCAAGUGUCCUACACCAGGGACAGUGCCUGUGCAGGUGUCCCCAAGGGUACCACCGUCAUGGAGAUGCCUGCAGGGCCUGCCAUCCAACCUGUAAGGAAUGUUCCGGCUCAUCAGAGACACACUGCACAGACUGCUCCCCAGACACCGUCCUGGAAAAUGGCUCCUGCAAGACCAGGUGCCCAGAGGAACAAUACCACAGUCACACAGGACACUGUGUCGACUGCAAAAUGGACUGCCUGAGGUGUGUCUUGGACCUUCAGAACGAAGGAAGUGUAUGUCUGCUGUGCAGAGACCCUAAGAGUUUGACACUCGGGGACCACUGUGUGACCCACUGCCCCCAUGGACACUACAUCCAACUGGGAGCCUGCAAGAGCUGUGAUGACCACUGUGAGGCAUGUCGGGGCCCAGGCCAGUGCAGCAGGUGCAGGAAGCCCCGCGUCCUCAAGCACAGCGUCUGUGUGGAGGAGUGUGGGACUCACCACCUAAUGGACGCAUCUGCUCAGCGAUGCAGGGCUUGUCCUACUGGCUGCACUAAGUGCGAGGGGGCUGGACAGUGCACUGCCUGCCAUAGGAACACCUCCCUAAAAGAUCACCUCUGUGUGGCGGACUGUGGCCCUGGCUUCUAUGCCAACCCCAGGACCCAGAAAUGCGAAGUGAAUACCCAAGCUCCAGUGCUGCGUGUACAUGGAGACCUCAUAGUGCCGAUUGGAGGAACCAGGGCCCUGGACCUGUCACUCAUUACCGCUGAGGAUCUGGAGAAUAGGAGGGAGGACUUGGUCUUUCAGCUCCUCAGGCUCCCCAGCAAUGGCCAGCUGGCGCGUCUCACCAAUGGGAAGGCUGUUCCUUUGAACCAGGGAUCAGUCUUUAGCUUCUCAGAUCUCAGGAACAGAGCCAUCGCUUUCAGCCAUGACAGAGGCAACUCAAGGAGUGGCACGCUAAUGCUGCAAGUCGCCGAUCCUCAGCUGUUCUCUCAGCCAAAUUCUGUGCACAUCCAGGUUGUGUCCCUGCAGCCUCCAUGUGUGUUUGUCAACAAGCCAUUAAUGGUCAAGCAAGGGGAGGCGGCAGUGAUUACCAGGUCAGUGCUGUGGGUUGCGGAUGAUGAUGAUGACCCAGAAGAUGUGCUGCUGCUGGUGCUGGACCCGGCCCAGCAUGGCCACCUGACACGUGUCUAUGACGAGAAGCCGGUGCGGCAUUUUACACUGGGGGAGCUGGGACGAGAGCAGCUGCGGUACAUCCAUGGUGGCUCCAGUCAGCUGCAGGACAGGGUGCUGCUGCAGAUCAGCGACGGACACAGCUAUCAGAACCUGCUCUUCACAAUUGACGUGGAAAACCAGGGCCUUGUUACUUCUCAUGUUGUGUCCUUCCUCACUGCCUGGGUGAAUGAAGGGGGGGCGGUCAGGAUCACCAAAAGGCAUCUGAGAGCAGAGUGUCACGGCUCCAGGGACUCUCAAAUUCACUACACCAUUUCCCCCUCCAAAGAAAAUCCCAAGUAUGGUGAAAUUGUCCUCUGGUCAUCCAUGUCAACCAGCAUCCAUGAUGAGGAGCUUCUCCUUAGCAAUAAUCCGGCUGCUAUAGGAGUCCUGUCGUUCGCUCAGGCAGAUAUCAACAGGGGCAGAGUAUGGUAUCGACACUUGGGCUCCAGGGUGGAUUGGGAUGCAGUUAAGUUCCAGGUAUCAUGUGAGGGGUCCUUGAAGAGCAUCAUUCUGGGCCAUACCCUCAGGGUUGGAGUUCUUCCACAUUCUCCUGGAUUUCCCAUACUCUCCUUGGGCUGCACUUUACAGAUCACAGUUCCUGAGGAUUGUGCUACAAAGAUCCUACCUUCUGGGCUUUCAUUUGUUGUGACAGAAAUGCCCAGUGAAAAUUGUAUCUACAAUAUCACCAUCCCGCUAGCUCAGGAGCAAGGUACUAUAGAACACAAAGACAAAGCUUAUACCCCUGUGUACUCUUUCACACAACGAGAUAUUGAUAACGGAAAGAUCCUAUACCGACCUCCAGUGUUGCUGCCCUUCAUGAAAAGGCUGUACAAAUGUUUCUUCACAGUAUCUAUUGGGAACCACAGCACACCUGAGAUGGAUUUUGCUAUUGACUUACUACCCAGUGAUCAGCAGCCUCCUGAAAUCCUCGACCCAGUCCUAGAGGUUCUCUUGGGUGGGAGAGUUGCUUUAGGUGUGCAGCACUGGACUGGGACAGAUUUGGAAGCAGAUGCCGCUAAUUCUCAGCUUGACCUGGUGGAACCUCCCUGUCACGGCAGUCUUCUGAGAGCCAGCUGUGGUGGCCAGGCAGAAAUACCUGCCAGCAACACCUUAAGUGUGGGUGACAUCAAACAGCAUCUUAUUCAGUAUGAGCACGCGGGAAAGAGCACUGAAGACGAUGCAAUGACGUUUAUUGUGACCCAUGGCUCCUCUCUCAUGAUAACAAUGGUGAAAGUGAAAGUUCUGGUGCCAGGUGAAAGAGGCAACAGGCCCAGUCUGAAGUGCGACACGGUUCUAUCCAUGGAAGUGUCAGAGAAGAGUAGCACCCCAAUUAGGCACACACAUCUGGCCUGCACAGAUUGCAGUUCUUCAAAUAAGAAGAUUAAGAUUCUUAUGGUGUCAUUGCCUAAGCAUGGUGUCCUUACCUGGAAGAGUUCAGCAUCAGAUCAUAAAGAACUGAAAGAAAAUUCAUCCUUUACAACAGAGGACAUCAACCAUCAGAGGAUAUGGUAUAUUGCAUCUGAAUGUGGAAAUCCUCCUUUUACUGACACAUUCCUCUUCAUUUUCUGCGACGAGAAUGACAAUUGCCAUGACAACCAGACCUGGUCUUUAACAAUCACGACUUUGCCGAAGCACCCAGGAAUCAAAAUGGGGGAAAACAACGACCCAGUUAAGUCAGUCGACAUUAUCUCGGAUGGAAGCCAUGUGGUCAUCACCAGCUCCUCUCUUACCCUGCCGGACCUCGGAGCGCAGACGGACAAGCUCGUCUUCACCGUCGUGAAGCAGCCGUCCUUCGGCAAACUGUGCAGGCUGAAGUUCUACUCGCAGCCGUUGGAGAAUGGCAGUGUUCUUCUCCAGAGAUCUAGCUUCAGCUAUCAGGAUGUUUUGGACAAGCUGCUGGUAUAUGUCCCAAAUAACCUUACUGUCGGGACAGACAUGGUGCUCCUCUCUGUGAGUGAUGGACAGCACAUCAAGACUGCAAGGCUGGAAUUCAGCAUACGUGCAACCAAGAACAAUGAUCGAACAAUGAUUGUCAACCGGGGCCUCCAGCUUACCACAGGAUCUAAAGCUAAGAUCACAGAUCAACAUCUGAGAGGCAGUGGUUCAAACCUAACUUACAUUAUGACUAAGGAUCCCAGCUUUGGGAUGCUGCAUCUUUCAAAAAAUGGAAACCUUACAGAGAUAUCAUCAAAGGGUCCAGUUAAAAGCUUCACGCAGGAAGAUAUCAACAAAGGAUCUGUAGAAUAUGUACAUGGAAAGGAGGAGGAAGGAGGAAACUUCACUUUCAAGUUUAACCUCAGGGAUUCUGAAGGCAAGAAACUGACUGAGCAGUCCUUCCUCAUCAGUGUACUUGGGACACAAAUUAAUACCUUUGCUCCAGGCAGUCUGACACAGUAUACACACAACAGCGAAGAGAAAGAGCACGCGGAUGAUUCCACUUUCACCUUGUCAGACAGCUUUAAUGAGAUCACUGAGACAUUGCCUGUUACCCCUUCGCCUUUAGACAAAGGGAGGGAGGCUCUUACAAAAAGAAAAAGAGAGGAGAAACAUUUACACAUGAAGGACACCAUCCUGCCGGAGUUCAUUAAUGCCUCGAAGAGAACGCAAGUGGAUUCUGUUGCCUUGAAGCUUGCAUUGGUCCCUCGCCGUCACCAGCGGGUCGGCACGGUCACCAGGCGCAACCGUGGCAACGUCGAUGGUGGUGAUGACGUCCACCGAGUGGCAGAUCAAGGGAAUGAAAUUGUUGCUGCAGUUUCCAAGAGGAGCGCUGUUAUUGCUCUGGUGAAGGAUGGUGCGCUGAGGCUUGUCACUAACCUGGGUUUGCAGUGGCUAGAUUACAUGGACAAUAAGGUGGCCAGUAUUAUCUCCAAGGAGGAGCUCCUCUCAGUAAACCCAGAGGUGGAUGAGAGACAGGUGACAUACAAUGUCCUGAUCGAACCUAAACAUGGAGUUUUGACAAAAUAUGACAAUGGAAUGGCUAUUAACACUUUCACACAAGCUGACAUUAACCUGGGGCUGAUUUAUUAUGUCCUCAAUGUGGAAAGUGUCCACAAAACCUUGGAUAGCUUCAGUUUCUCAGUGAAUGACAACAAAGGGAAUGUGAUUAAUGGUAGUGAGUUCCGUAUUGAGUGGUCCGUCGUCGCCUUUGAACGUGCAAGCUACAGUGUGAGCGAGGAUGCUGGCUCCGUGGCAGUGAAAGUGAGCAGGAGAGGGAACCUUAAGCAGCGAGCAUCUGUGACGUGCCAGACCGGACAGGGCACAGCUACCGUUGGUGUGACCUCCAGCCCAGGGCAGCAGGAUUAUGUGGAGUUUGCUGAGCAGAUUACCUUUAAUCAUGGAGAAGACAGCGCAGUAUGCACCAUUGUUAUCAAGGACGACCAGGUGUUUGAGAAUAUUGAGAGCUUCUACGUGGAGCUGAGCAGGCCAGUCUGUGUCCUGCUGGGUGAGACAUUUCAAGCUGUGGUCCACAUUGUUGACAUGGAGGACAAGCCCGUGGUGCAAUUCCAAAAGUCUGUUUACCACAUCAGUGAGGGCGCUGGUUUUCUUUCUGCUCCUGUCGAGAGAAAGGGUGACACGGGCAUCAUUGUGUCCGCACUCUGCCACACUAUGUCAGGGUCCUCCCAGGAAAGCUGGACACAUGCUAUGGAGCCUGGUGCUGAUUUCAGCAGCAGUGGGAUGCCAAUUACAAAUAGGAUCAUUUUUGCGGUUGGUGUGAGUGAGUCCACCUGUGAUGUGAAGCUCGAUGCAGAGUAUGAAACAUUCAAGGAGUUUGAGCUGGUUCUGUCCGAGGCCUCAGACAAUGCCCAUCUGGGCCAGAUAACCACUGCCAAAGUGGUAAUCGAUGGACGUAAUGAGGUCCCUACUGUAUUUUUGGGAAACGAGUCUUUUACGUACACAGAGGAUGCAGGCACCAUAGAGAUUCCAGUCUUGAGGCGUGGCAGCAAACUCUCUUCGAUGGCAUCUGUGUGGUGUGUCACAAGGCCCUCAGAUCCCAUGUCUGCCACACCUGGUGUAGACUACAUCUCCAGCUCCAAGAAGGUGGAGUUCAAGCCUGGGGAGAAAGAGCAGACCUGUAGUUUGGCAAUAAAGGAUGAUGCGCACCGGCCAAUCAUUGAGGGGAUGGAAUCCUUUGUGGUAUUCCUCAGCUCACCAGAGGGUGCAAUGCUCACUGAACCAUUUGAGGCAGCAGUAAUCAUCGUAGACACCUUUCAGGACAUUCCCAGUAUGCAGUUUGAGGAGGCCGUCUAUUCUGUGAAGGAGACAGCCCACCUCCUGCACCUCCCCGUAGUCCGCUCUGGAGACUUGACUUUCACCUCCUCCGUCAGAUGUUACACCGAGAACCUGUCAGCCUCAGCAGCGGAAGACUUUGGGGAAAGAAGAAACGGUGAUGAGUCACGCAUUACCUUCCUGGUGGGAGAGAAGGUGAAAAACUGCACCAUCUGGAUCCACGAUGACUCAGUAUUUGAACCCCAGGAGAUGUUUCGGGUACACUUGGGGGGUCCAGAGGGCGGCAGAUCCACUGGGGCACUGGUGGGCAUGAAUCGUGUUGUUACUGUUACCAUCACCAAUGAUGAGGACGUUCCCUCAAUUGAAUUUGAAGAUGCAAAGUAUGAGUAUCAAGUACAAGACCCUGAAGGUUCUGAGGACACACGUGUUCUGGGCAUAAAAGUGAUCCGAAGAGGCGAUCAGAAUCAGACUUCUGCGGUGCGUUGCAGCACCAGGGACGGCUCAGCCCAGUCUGGUGUGGACUACAGUCCCAAAAGCAUGGUUCUCCAGUUCAAUCCUGGAAUGGACCAUAUUGUCUUCAACAUUGAGAUUUUGUCCAGUGAGGACCGAGAGUGGCACAAGUUAUUUUCAGUUAUCUUAGGUCCUGAUGAACCUCUAAAGGCGGUACUUGGAGAGAUCACCAUGGCAACAGUGACCAUACUUCAUCAGCAGUCUUCAGGAAAUCUCAUUCUUUCUGCCCCUCCCAUUGUUGUCUCCCUGUCUGAUUACGACCAUAUCCAAGAGGUGCCAAGGGAAGGCCCUUCAAAAUCUCCCUCAUCAGGAUACCCCCUAGUAUGUGUGAUCCCAUGUGAUCCCCACCAUCCCAACUACUCUGCGAUGAAGGAAAGCUGCAGGGAGGAAGGGAUCAACCACAACUCCAUCCACUUUGGCUGGGAGGUGGCAGCCCCUACAGAUACAAGUGGAACCAGGUCCCCAUUUGAGACAGUAACAGACAGCACUCCCUACACUAGUGUCAAUCACAUGCUGCUGGACAGUAUUUACUUCAGUCGGCGCUUCCGUGUGCGCUGUGUGGCCCAAGCUUUGGAUGGGGCCAGCCUGCUGGGCCCCCCGCGGAGGAGCAACACUGUCACCAUCAGCAGCGAGGGCCCCAUCUGCCCAACCCCAGGGCCUGCGGGAGGUGCCAGGGGCUUCCAGGCCCAGUCCUUCAUCGCCACACUCAAGUACCUGGACGUCAAGCACAAAGAACAUCCCAACAGGAUCCAUAUCUCAGUGCAAAUCCCACACCAGGAUGGCAUGUUCCCCUUAGUGUCUACGAUGCCCCUCAACAACCUACACUUGCUGCUGUCUGAGUCCACGUAUCGCCAGCAUCAUAUCUGUUCCAAUCUUGUUACCAUCAAAGAUCUGCAUGGCAUUACAGAGUCGGGUUUCUUGGACAAUGUGGCCUUCGACACUCUGUCCCUGAGUGCUGGCUAUGACCGGCCUUAUCAGUUCAAUUCCAGCGUGAGGGAGGCAAGAACAAUCCAGCUUUACAAGCACCUCAACCUGAAGACCUGCAUUUGGGCCUUUGAAGCCUAUUAUGACAUGACAGAGCUCAUCGACGUGUGUGGGGGCUCUGUCACGGCUGACUUCCAGGUGAGGGAUUCAACGCAGUCAUUCCUCACUGUUCGAUUGCCACUCUAUGUGUCCUAUAUCUAUGUGAUGACACCUCGUGGCUGGGCGUCUCUGGAGCACCAGAAAGAGAUGCAGUCUUCCUUCUUUUAUGACACCAUGCUCUGGAGAACAGGUAUACAGACUGACAGCGUACUCUCAGCUAAACUGCAUAUCAGCAAAAUAUAUAUUAUAGACGUCGGACGGCUUGUGAUUGAAUUUAAAACACAAACAAAAUUCAGAGGUCAGUUUGUCCUAGAGCACCACACACUCAAAGGUCAAAGAUCACAUGUGAUGGCUCCAGACCACCUGGGAGGAGUUGACUUUGACUUGCAGCUCCUGUGGAGUUCCCAGUCCUUUGACUCUGCACACCAGCUCUGGAGGGCUACCAGCUCCUAUAGCAGGAAGGAUUACUCUGGGGAAUAUACCAUAUUUCUAAUACCAUGCACCGUGAAGCUUACCCAGUCCUGGACUGACCCUGGAGACAAACCCCUAUCCUGCACUGCACAAGCCCCUGAGAAGUUCCUGGUUCCCAUUGCGUUCCAGCAAACAAAUCGUCCAGUUCCCAUCGCCUACUCCUUAAACACAGAAUUCCAUCUCUGCAACACUGAGAAGGUGUUCAUGAUGGACCCUGCUGCUGCAGACCUGUCCGUGGCUGAGAUGGAUUACAAAGGAACCUUCUCCAUGGGCCAGACGCUAUACGGCCGUGUGCUGUGGAAGCCGGAGCAGAGCUUAAACACGGCCUACAAACUGCAGCUGGAGAAGGUGUACCUCUGUACUGGGAGGAAUGGCUAUGUGCCCUUCUUCGACCCCACAGGAACUCUGUACAAUGAAGGUCCCCAGUAUGGCUGCAUCCAGCCCAACAAGCACCUCAAGCAUAGGUUCUUGCUCUUGGACCGAAAACAGCCAGAAGUGUGUGACAGGUACUUUCAUGAUGUGCCCUUCAAUGCCAAGUUUGCAUCUGAAUCGGCUGAUUUGCAGCCCAUGACAAUGAUGUCUGGAGUGGAUGGAUUCACAAUGAAGGUCGAUGCCCUUUACAAGGUGGAGACAGGGCACCAGUGGUACCUGCAAGUGAUUUAUGUAAUCAGGCCGCAGGCUGCUUCUGGUCCAAGGAUCCAGCGUUCUCUGACGAAACACCUGAAGCAGCUCCCUAGUGACCUGGUGGAUGAGACAAUCCAUCGUUUCACCAUGGAUGAAUCCCUCGUCUACGACAAUGUAGGCGACCACAUCAAGAACGGGACAAACAUGAAAGCAUUGAGACUGGACCGAGAAGUACCCACUUUCUAUCCACAAACUGGGGCCUCGAUCGGUGGUGGGGUCGUGGCCAUAAUACUGGUAGCCCUGGUCCUGCUAACGGUUUGCAUAUUAUUCAAGAAGCACCGGUGGAGCAGUGAGAAGUCAACUAGAUAUGUAUCAGAGGAGUAUCCUCUCAAUACCAAGGUAGAGGUGUGCCUAGAAAAGACUUUCCACAGCAUGCAUUGCACUGUCAGAAAGGUCAAUGUAGUCAAUGUGACACAGGAAGCUUCUAACCUCAAAGUCAAACAGGUCAACCUGGAGGUCAAGCUUCAUGGCAACCUGGAUGAUGGAACUGAAGUUUGACUACAGAUGGGGGAAUUUUUCUAUUAUUUUUAAAUAACAAGAUGUUUGGGUAUUUUUAUAUGAUUUAAAAAAUGGAAAGGAAAGAUGGAGACUCUGAGGCACAUUCCUACUCUGUCAGAAUCCAAGGUAGCUUAUACACAAGGCUGCAGACUUUAUUUGAAUAUGAAAUAAUAUUAUUUUAAGUGAUAAAACUAACAGGCUUUUUUUUUGCAGAAUCAAAGUGCUGAGUGACUCUAAUGAAUAAAUUGGUGAAAUUCGCAGACAUGAAGCCAGGCCGUCUAGCCAACGUUCAAUUUACAGCUGAAAUAAAAACGACUGAACAAAUAACAUGCAAGUAUAAAUGCAAAAUAACUAAAAAGGAAUCCAUACUUCAGGUACUUUGAAUAAAACUCCAACUUUGUUCAGCAGGAUUUGAUAAUUUACGUUGAGAUAAUGAAGUAAAAAAUCAAAUAAAAUUCCAAUUAUAUCGUGCAUAUAAAAUACUGUCAAGGGAGCUCAUGUUCAGCUAGAAGAAUGGAUUAUUCAUACCGUUAUGCAUAAUGUUAUCCACUCUUCUAAAAGGAUAUUUCUGCAUUUAAAUCACAUUGUAAAAGCCACAGUCCUGCUCUCCAACAGUUGUUAUACCUAGGACAGCUACAUUUUUAAUUCUUGAGAAAUGGAGGAUGAAAAUGAACCCAAUCAUACAAAACCCUUAGAGACAGAGAUAAACUCAACCCAGAGGACUAAUUUUAAUUGUAUUUCAAGAGAGCAAGGUCACUGAUGGAACCUAGCUGUUUGGAUUGGAAUAUGUUUGGAAGAUGAGAAAACAAGCGUGGGUUUUUUUUUAUUAUUAUAUAUUUUUUUUUUAUGAAUUUAGAAGACGCAGUUUCUCUAUUCAAGACAGCAUUUAGAGAAAUGUUGCCAACACAUUGCUCACUAGAUAAUCAAGCAAACCAAAUAGGAUAUAAGUGGCCUCUGCUCUUUGUAAACAUGUCGUGUUCUUGUUAUCUUAAAAGGUGCUCGAGCUUCCAUGCUGUUCUGGUCAUUUGAGCAAAUGAACUACCUCAUACCUACCACCGAUGUUCCCUAGCAAAGCUCUGUCCUUAGUGGUAUUUUGCAUUCAUGGCUGCGUAUUACUGUAUAAUUUAUAUUGAACAUUCACGAUUCGUAUUUUUUUUUUUAUAAUUCUGUGAUCAGACAGUACACGGACAAUCUGUGGACACUUUUCCACUAUAGCUGUCUUAUUUCACUUUGCACACAUUAAUGUAACUUUUAGACAGUGCAUAAAACUGUGUCCAAGUAAAAGCUGAAAGUCUGUGUUCUGCACUGUGUAAUAAAGUUCUGUGUUGACUGUGAGAAUUGCAUUUAUUACAUGCAAAAUAAUGCAAUGGACUGUAACUUAAGUAACAUUUUGCUGUUUUACUCUACAUAUUGUCUCUGCAAAUAUACCGUCUCCACUAAUAGAAAUAUAUCAGCUAAAUCUAUAUCUGAUUGCAAAAGCCACAGCCUCCUAUACUUCUCCCCCUUUCUUGUUUUCUUGCCUUAUGUAUGUAUUAUAUUUUCACUGUGUACUGUAUUGUGUCGUGUACUGGUGUAUCAGCAACAACAAUAUCAUUUGUGGUAGCAGUAUUGUGGUAAUGGAACUGAAACUACAUCAUCUCAGUCUUCAGAAUGUAAUGUCAGAGAAUUAAGUAAAGUUUCCUUCUACAACCAGCACUUUAUUUUUCUUUUUCUCAGCAAUUCAUCUCUGACUAAAGCAGUGAUU